UCUGCGCCUUGCUUGCUUCUGGAGGCAUUUGGCGGUGAAUUCGGUGGCUUUUUCAGUCUACCCCAACCCUAUAUAGCCUACAGGUAUGCACCCCUCGCUGAAGGUAUUGUGGUCCAACACAAAGGAACUCGCUCCACUUUCCUAUUUGAGGUGACCUCCUUCUCAGCAUGCGACUGCUUGCCAGCCUGCCUUGUUGUCCAACGUGAAGAUAUCGCCUUUCGGAUUUCAGGCAGAAUGUUUUAGCCAUAUAAAGAUAUAUUUUCAAUUGAUAGGGACUAUGAUAUAUUCUGCAUUUGGGUAUAUUACGCAUACUCAAGACAAGACAUUUGAUUCCCUGCGCCGGAACAUUAGCUAGAAUCGACAACCCAAUCAAUGAAUGUCCUUAUUGAAUUCUUCUUCUCCAACGUUUCUUGAACUGCAGAGGCUAUAGCCUACUACAGGAACUGGGAUAUUGCAUUUAUUGUGUGUGUACGCUGUAGCCAUUUCCAACGUCAAGAUGCAGUUUCGGACAGUGUUGGAUGUAAAAGUCGUGGACGUGGAGAAACGGCGCAAUCCGUCCAAACAUUACGUGUAUCUCAUCAAUGUCACAUACUCUGACAACACCUCCCACAUAAUCUACAGGAGAUACAGCAAAUUCUUUGACCUUCAGAUGCAGAUUCUUGACAAGUUCCCAAUCGAGGGAGGGCAGAAAGAUCCCAAAAAGAGAAUCAUCCCAUUUCUCCCAGGUAAAAUCCUGUUCAGGCGGAGUCAUGUGCGUGAUGUGGCCAUGAAGAGGCUACGUUUCAUCGAUGACUACUGCAGGGCUCUGGUCCGUCUCCCUCCUCAGUUGUCUCAGAGUGAGGAGGUGCUGCGCUUCUUUGAGACCAAAGCUGAUGACCUCAACCCCCCAGUAGAGGACUAUGGAUCAUCCAAGCGCAAAUCAGUGUGGAUGUACGGCUUUACCGACAGUCCAAGGAAAGAGGCCUCAGGCAUUGACAGCUCGGACCCUAUGGUGCUGGAGCAGUACGUGGUGGUGGCCAACUACGAGAGGCAGGAGAACUCUGAGAUCAGCCUGCAGGCUGGGGAGACGGUGGACGUGAUCGAGAAGAGCGAAAGCGGUUGGUGGUUCGUCAGUACAGCCGAGGAGCAGGGUUGGGUGCCGGCCACAUACCUGGACUCACAGAACGGCACUAGAGACGACCUGGAACUUAGCACCGUCAGGACAGGAGAAGUUACUAAGAGACGCAAGGCUCAUCUGAAGAGACUGGACCGCAGAUGGACGUUGGGGGGCAUAGUGAACCGCCAGCAGAGUCGAGAAGAGAAGUACAUGACGGUGCAGCCGUAUGCCAGCCAGGGGAAGGACGAGAUCGGCUUUGAGAAAGGGGUCACCGUGGAGGUCAUCCAAAAGAACCUGGAGGGCUGGUGGUACAUCAGGUACCUUGGGAAGGAGGGCUGGGCCCCGGCCUCAUACCUGAAGAAGAUGAAGGAGGACUUCUCAUCCCCAGGUAGGAAGAAGACCCUGACAGGCCCUGUGGAAAUCAUCGGCAACAUCAUGGAGAUCAGCAACCUGCUCCAGAAGAAGUCCAGCAGUGAGAAGGAUGUCCAAACGGAUGGAGAUUCCACCAGUCCUGAGCGCCACAUCUCCAAGAGUGAGAUCAGCCUGCCCAUGCCCUAUGCCCCAGGUUAUAACCCCAGCCCCGACCACGGCCCAGGUCCCAGUCCUGGGCUGAGUUCUGGAUCUGGGAUGGGUACCUCCAGUCCUAGCCUGGGCCCUGGUGCUAGUGGCCCUCUACAGGACAGUAAGGGGAAGACAGAACCUGGUUCCCCUGCUGUAGCACGUGUCGCUCCACACAGAGUGUCGAUAGGCUUUGAGGCUAUAGGCUCUCCCAACCUCCGACAAAAACCCCCUCCUAGAAGAGAAACAAAUCUGGGCUUCCAGUUACCCAAGCCACCAGAGCCCCCUACUGUGGAAGCGGAGUACUACACCAUUGCAGAGUUCCAGUCCUGCAUCUCUGAUGGCAUCAGUUUCCGUGGAGGACAAAAAGCUGACGUCAUAGAGAAGAACUCCGGGGGCUGGUGGUAUGUCCAGAUCGGGGAGACGGAGGGUUGGGCCCCCUGCUCCUACAUCGACAAACGCAAGAAACCCAACCUUAGCCGACGAACCAGCACGCUUACACGCCCCAAAGUCCCGCCCCCAGCUCCACCCACCAAAAAGCAAGACUCAGAAGAGACGCCAUCACCCUCACCCAGUCACUCCAUCUCCUCAUCCUCCAAAGCCCCAGAAUCCCCCAGCCGGCCCACAGUAUAUGAGGAACCGGAAUACGACGUUCCCGCUGUUGGAUGCGAGGGCGAGUCGGACACAGAUUCCCUGAAGGGAGAGACAAUACAUCGCCCCCUGGAGGUGAAAAUCAACAGUGUGGUCUGUGAGAAGUACCGUAGUUCUCCUCCGGUCUGCAAAACCUCCCCUGUGAUUAUCAGCUAUAGAAGAAGGUCCUUCAGGUCCGUUGAAGAGAUGGCCAAAGAAGAAUGUAUCUAUGAGAACGAUGGCUUCAGGCGCAGUAGUGGUGAUGAAGGGGCUUCGGCCAAAGGCUGCGGUGGUUCCAACUCCCCAAGGAUCUACCACUCCUCGACUGUACCCCGCAAACCCUCAGGGUCUUCACCUCUAGCAGGGGGAAAGCCAUUGAAGAAGAUCGCCCCGGAGCUGAGCCGAAGCCAGUCCCUAGCCAAAGCCGACACCAGCCCCAGGUUGUCCUCAGACGAAUCGGGUAGAGAUUCCAGGAAACCUCCAGGCAUCCGGACGGUGGAGCAAAGGAUAGGCCAGAGCCCCUCCACCAAGCUCAAGCCCUCGGUGAGGCCUAAACCUCUGCUCACCACCAAGUCAGAGCCACAGUGCCCUGAGAGGAUGGACAUCACUUCCCUGAGACGCCAGUUGAGGCCCACGGGACAACUCCGGCAUACCGUCCAUGGGCUCAAAGACUCAGAGACGGCCUCCGUCAUCUCGUCGGAGGACUCCCAUUCUUCCCGCAACAGCACCUCAGACCUCUCUUCAAUCUACUCCAAAGGGAGCCGGGGAGAUUCAGAUCUGGAGGGGUUCAACCUAUACCGGACCACAGACGCCUACGACAAGGUCCAGGAGUCAGAGCUGAGCUUUCCAUCUGGGGUGGAGGUGGAAGUCCUGGAGAGGCAGGAGAGCGGCUGGUGGUACAUUCGUUGGCGGGACAAGGAAGGCUGGGCGCCCACUUUUUAUUUGGAGCCCAUCCGCCAAGGGAGGGACGGCGGUGGGUCCGAGUCUGACGGGCAGCGCUCUGGGUCGGGCAGCGGCACCGGGAGCAAGUCCAACAGCCUGGAGAAGAAUGAGCAGCGCGUGCUGGCGCUCAAUGACAUCAACCUCAAGGGACUCACUAAUCACCACCAGGUGCACCAUACGCCAGGGGGUCUGAGAUCGAGGAACACUCCCCCCAUCCCCUCCAAGCCUCCGGGGGGCUUCUCCAAGCCGGCUGUGCUGGUUAACGGAGCCGCGAGAAUGAGGAACGGUGGGGUGAGACCGCAGUCUGCCGUCAGACCCCAGUCCGUGUUCGUGUCUGCGCCACAGCCCGCCAUGGUCAGUCAACAUUACAUGACAAGUUCCCUGAGGCGGAAUGAGUCAUUGGCCGCCCACAACCAGUAUCGUACCGACCAGUACCGCUCCGGUUCCGCUACCCUCGGCGUGCGCCGUAACUCCUCUUUCAACGCUGUGCGUGCGCAACCCGUCACAGUCGAGACCCGAUCGAGACCCUCAGAGCGCUCUAUCACCACCAGGGGGUCUUCGGCGGAACGAUUUGGCGCCGGUGGCGGGACGGACGCCUUGAGCAGGGUUGGGGUUGUUGUGCAGCGUAAUGGUAUCCCCGUCUCCACAGUCAGGCCCAAGCCUAUCGAGAAGAGCCAGCUGAUCCAUAACAACCUGGGGAGGGAGGUAUAUGUUUCCAUCGCUGACUACCGGGGGGACGAUGAGACCAUGGGCUUCCCUGAGGGCACCUGCCUGGAGGUUCUAGACAGGAACCCCAACGGGUGGUGGUACUGCAAGGUCCAAGAUGCCCUGCACCCCCGCAAGGGCUGGGUCCCCUCCAACUACCUAGAGAGGAAGAAGUAAUGGCCUAAUAAUAAUAACAAUUCCCCCCUUUGAUGAUGUCACUAAGAAUAUUGGUGAUGACAUCACUCCAUAAGAAUGUUACCCCACAAGAGCUACCACAAGCAAUAUGCUCCAAAUAUGUAAACAAAUAAUUGAUUCUGAAGUACUUUAUGUAAAAAAAAAAUGUUGUUUUAACCUUAUAAUGAGAAAGAGACACUUUUAUUUCUAAAAUGUACACAUAAAAGACUAAAAGUCCAGAUUUUUGUGUGCGAUAUGGGAUGUAACGAGAGACUGAAAACGGGGUUGGCCAACCCAAGUGUUAGAAACACAAAUAUGUUUUUGGAACUUUGGAACGAUGCGAUUUGACACGACACCUUCGAGAAGGGGUUUACAUUAGAAAGAGAAGAUAGCUGGGCAAUGAUGGCAAGCCUUAUACCUGCCCUUGUGACUGUAAUGCCAAAUAGGUGCCUUUUUGUAGAUGAUCAACUGAAUGGGGGUUCGAAGAAGUGGACGGAACACAUCGGUGAAUCAACGUCAUUACCAAAUGUAUGACAGUGCCAUAGGCCUAUGAGCAUGAAUACCCCCAAAAUUAUUUUUGUAACGUUCAAGAGAAUCACUUGAGUAGGAGUGUUUUAGGAACGUUACCGAGCGAAUAGGAUCAAUCUAGAGUGUUGUAGUAGAAUGUUCAGAAUCAAAUAAGAAAGAAACAAGAGAAAGGGAGAGAUAUCAGUGACUCUCAGUGAGUCACAAUUGACUCACUUAAAAAAAAAAUUCGUCAUUAUUGUAUGUUUUGUUCUUUAAUGUCUCUGUGUGUCUUUCAGUCUGUCCUUAGAGAUGUAUUUCUGCUUUCUUGUGUAACACUCCACCGACAGCCCAAAAUUGGAAAGAGUCAAAGUUUCCUCUCGGAUAUUCAGAUCUCUGAAGUUUCACUGAUGGAAUAUCUAUGUUGAGGUACACGUAAUUAGAAGAACUUUGAAGUUUCACCCUGUUUUUGUAGUCCCACUUCUUAUUCUAUAUUUUCAACCAAGCCUGCAGAAUCUUGCAUGCAAAUAAAGCCCAAAUCUGCCAAGCUUGAAAUCUAAUUAAAGUAUACUUAUUGGGGAAUAAAUUCCAAUUUAAGGUGCUUUUCGGUUAAAAAAAAUGUUUUUACCUACUACCAAGAUAUUACUUUACACAAUACGUUUACACACUAAGUUGUCUGUAUUAGUCCCAGACAAAUAUUUUUUUAUAUACGCUUUACUGUAUACAGUGUAGCAAUUGCAGUUGCAGUUGCACAGAAAAUAAGUACUGGAAAUAUGGCUUAAUAAUGUUUUUUAAAUCCCAGCCUCGAGCCCACAAUGUGAUUAAACCAAUGCAGAAUAUCAUUUCAUUGGCUAUUUUGUAGAUUUACUAUUUAUUUAUGGGCACAAAUAGCCUAAUACAGUGUAUUAAAAAAUAUACCUAAAACGAAGUUUAAAAAAAUAUAUGUUUUGAUAACAUCUGGGCAUCUGGAUUUUCUGAACCCAAAUCAAAGCAUAUUGAAACAUGCGGAUAUUGCUGUGCAGUAUUGGUUUAUGUGGUAUGCAAUGGAGUUUAUGUUUACUUCCUUUCUUUAAAAGUAGUUUGGUAUCUACUGGAUUUAGAAUAGUACUGCAGGACUAUUUUGACUUACUAUUUACUUAUACGUUUUCCCCAAACUCAAUACUGAUAUUACUUCAAAACGAUCCCCAAUUGAAAAUCCAAAAGAAGUACUAUUUCAACUGGCUGGUGUUCAAGACUGCUGAAAUAUUUUUCUAACACUGUGUGAGCUUCUCAAUUGAGGUUAAACACUAACUUUUCAUGACAUUUUCUGCUGGACAGUAUUAUAGUAUUAAACAAAGUAUUGUACCUGCUAGAUCGCAGUUAUAUCUGUUUUAGCCAACCAUAGUUGUUUGUUGUUGUUACAGUGUGAUCACACAUAGACAAUAAUGAAGAUUGAAGUUCCGUUUUUUGUGAAUUAAUGCACUUUAACACUUGUUUACAGUGCAUUAAUGUAAGGAUGCAGUUGAAAUACUCAGCAUAUUAUUUAUUGAUUUUUUUAAAAACUAUUUAAUAUGCGUAUUUUUUUUACCUCAAGUUUUUCAACUCUUGAGUUGAAAAAUAUCUCAGUCCUUAGAGGAUGCCAAAGCACCUCACAAUAUAAUAAUUGGAUACUGUACAUGGUACUCUCUUGUGGGAGAUGAAUGCUACUGCAACAUACUUUUUUUCAUGUUGCCCUACAAACCGGCAGUUACAAUGCAAUACCAAAUGCACUGCUGGUCAGUGAAACUACCAACUACACAAUGCCUGUACAUAAUUGAAUGUUUUCAAAUAUUAAUGCAGCUAAGAGUUAGUCAGGUUUUUUUUGUAGUUUAUAAAAAAAAUUUAGUUCACUUUAUUGUAUUUGGCUAUCUUUUUUUCAACCUUCUAAAUGACGUUUUUUCCCCCCCCCAUGCUGUGUGCUGCAACUAGCAGAAUCAUGGACACUUCCUUUCUCCUUAUUGGUCUGUACGUAAUGCCUGAUUCAAAUCUUAUUUAUUUUGAACUAAUGUUUUUACCUCCCAUUUGUGGUUGACAAUCAAAUAUUUAUCCACUGCCUCACUAGACUGGACUAGACCCCGCAACCUAAUACAAAAGUCAAUCAUGUGUGAUAUACUGUAAAAAAAGAAGAAGAUAUUUCUACAGUCUAUUUGGUAUGAAUUUCAAGCCCUUGCAUACAGAUCUAUAGAAGCUGAAGUUAGUUCUGCUUCACAAAUGGAGGGUAAAAUGCUCUUUAUCUCACCCAUCAUAUCCCAUGUAAAGCAAUGGAAAUCAAUAAUUAGGUCUAUGUACAGUACAACUACAGUUGAUACAGAACCCCUAACCCAUCUCCCUCCCCUCGACAAAGGCAUUAUGUAAACGUGUUGAAUCACCCAUAACAUUUCGCUUCAGCACAUAUUAAUGCAUAUCGCUAUUGUUUAAUUGAGCUCAAUUUACAUGGCUUCUCUGCCUGCGCCUGCAAAUUACAAGGGAAUUGUAAUGUGUCAAGCUCGACCUUUUCAUAUUCAGUAUUAUGUAUUUUUUAUUUUUAAUAAUUUGUUAAAUGUUUUGGUCAAAAAUAUCAUUUUUGUCUUCUUUGUUUUUCUUUUUCACCCCAUUGUAUUUGAAAAUCUUUCAGAAAUGUAAUAACGAGGAAAUGUGCAAUACAAAUAGGCAUCUUUAAAAAGCAUAGCUAUAGAAAAACAAGAUCAAUUUGACCUUUCUUGUCUAAGGAGAUAUGAUCCAAAAAUAUACUGUAUAUACCCUUUAUCAAUUCAAGCCAUCAUCUGUCAUGUAAACACCUUUAGGUCAUGACUCAUUUCAGGUCCACUGCUUUUUUCAUAUAGCCUUUUUCAAAAGAGCAACAGUUGCUAAUGGCACUGAACCUUCUCCAAUCCCAUUGGAGAGGCUUACUUCCACUGAGCUACAGCACAAAAUGUUGUGACAUGAUGGACAAGAUUUUUUUAACCAAUGGCCACGUAAGAAUCCCUUCUGGUCCUUCCUCCUGGCUAGCGUGCGUGGCUAGUGGACUGUGAAUGGCACCGGCAGAACCCAAUGACCCGGGUUCCGACCUCGUUAACAUCUAGCUGUUCUCUACCACAGAUCCACAGAGGUAAGAGUUGUGUCAGCAUCGAGGGCCUCUAGGUACUCACCAGACUGCCUUCGAGCUGUCACGUUUGUGCCUGAACAAAAUGUUUUUGUUCUUGGAGAGUCUCUCUCCUCCACCUACAGUACGCAGAUGCCUCCAUGCCAUUUGAACACAAGCCAUGCCGGCCUCUUCAACCCUGUUGCCAUGGCAAAAGUGACAUUUGGAACCAUCGCAGAUGUCAACCGCGUAAUGUCAACUGCGGUAGUCUUGUCGGGAAUGUGUACUUACAGGGCCAUCGUAGUUUAAUCCAUCCACUUCCAAACCUAUACCUACCACCAAAUAUAAGAAAACACUUUUUUAUGUCCUCGAAUAAAGCCCCAUGGGAAUUCAUUUCAGACUUGACCAUGUUCAGAAUGUUUAGAAUCUUCUGAGGAGAAAGAGAGAAAAUACUACAUGGGUUUGGUUCUUUGUCCACAGAUUACAACAGUGAUGUUCUUGAGGUCCACUAAAACUGGUUGGUUUAAAAGUUUCCUCUACAGAUUAUUUUUUUUAAUCACUUAUCCCCACAUAACAGUUAAGGUGCUUCGUGGCUUUGGAAGGUCUCGGUUCAUUUCCUUUCCCCUCCAGUGGGUUUUAUAGGGAAGAAACACACACACCCUUGAGUUUUAACUUUGGUGGAGGGUGCCACAGAUUUGUGGUAAAGUAGCACCCAUGCAGGGGCCACACACGCACAUAACGACGAGGGAAGCCAUUCAUGUCGGAAAGAAUAGAUUAGAGCCUCUACCAUAUUUGCGAAUUCAGCCAAGUGAGACCGUCCCUACUGACGCCACACUGCCUCGACUCUCUGCCCCCGCCUCCUUUCUCUCUUUUUAUUUGAACAAAUUGGCGGGCCUUCUCGAGCGUGACCUUCCCUUAAGCCUAGUAAUCCUAGAUAGCACCAGCCGGAAUGGCUUUCUUCCUCACGGCUCUUUUUUUCUACUUUUCCUUUACUAGUGCCUCCUUGCUCACGCUUUGGCCUCUUCCACCAUACUUCCACCAUGUUCUUUUCCUUUACUAGUGCCUCCUUGCUCACGCUUUGGCCUCUUCCACCAUACUUCCACCAUGUUCUUUUCCUUUACUAGUGCCUCCUUGCUCACGCUUUGGCCUCUUCCACCAUACUUCCACCAUGUUCUUUUCCUUUACUAGUGCCUCCUUGCUCACGCUUUGGCCUCUUCCACCAUACUUCCACCAUGUUCUUUUCCUUUACUAGUGCCUCCUUGCUCACGCUUUGGCCUCUUCCACCAUACUUCCACCAUGUUCUUUUUCUUUCUUUCGCCUCAACCGAAGCUUGUAGUUCCCAGUCACUUGGAGUAGGGAGAACGAAGAGAUUGCAUAUGUUGAGUGCAUCUAGUGUAUGAGGUUUGGGUCGUAGAAGCAUGUGAUGUGAGAUAUUGUGUGUUGGUGUGUUUGAGAGAGAGGACGUGCGCACUGUGAUGAGAUGGAUUGCGUGCGGGUGAGGUCAGGAGAAAGAUAGGAGGUCAGGGAUGAGGUUGGUUGUGUGUGGGAUGCGUUGGGAAACCUGAGAUGGAUCAGAUUGUGGAAUGUAGAUGACAUGGCAAGAACGAGAGAACGACACAGAGAUAGUGAACAAGAGAGAGUGAGAAUGAGAGAGAGAGAGAGAGAGAGAGGAGCUGGAUACAGUUGUGGACAUUGUGCUCCUCUGUUCAUGCUGACUAGACUUCUGUUAAAACCAGUAGCAAUAGCUUCCAUCAGAGACAAUGAAUAACAAUGAAUAACACUGCAUCAUACUUCCUCUUCUCCCAUCACCCACAGCUUGGGCUAAUGAACAAUCCAUGUACGAUGCGUGACAGUGAAAUCUCCUUAUCAAAAGACCAUUUUAAUUGCGGUAGUUAAAGUUUUGAAGCCCAGUAUGUCUCGCGCCGGUGGCGUUCUGAUAGCGGGGAAACACAGCCACGAGGGGCUAAUCUAAAACGAAUGAGAUUGUGGCUGUCGAAGAUGGAUAGAUGCUCUCACUCUUUGUCUCUCUCGUUCUGUCUCUCUCCAGCUUUUUAGCGGGUGGCAUAUUAAUCAUGUGUCUGAUUUAUUCAGCUUUAUAUCAUUUGCUGUGGUGAAGCUUCAACUUCUGUCUGAUGGCUUAUUCUCUCCUGGUGUGAAGGGAGAGGCUGGAGAGCCAGGUUAAUGAGAGAAAGGGUAGGAGGUGUGAUGUUUUGAGAAAGUUAGUAGUAAGUGUUUGUGAAAGGGGUGUGAGGUGUUUAACCUAAGGGUUGUUUUUAGUAGGUAUGUUGAACAUAACUUUUUUAGAGUGAAAUGUUUAUGUUGUUUGCUCAUGAAGGAAGUCAAUGAAUGAAAGAAAUGAAGAAGAAAAGGAGAGGGAUGAAAGCUUACUCAGUGCUAGAACUGAUGGUAACGCUUCAGACAGGUGGAAUGGGACUGCCGACUACGCCAAGUGUUACUUAACACAACAGGUGGCGUUGGGGCAUUGCUUAUAAUGCUAAUGUAUUGCAUGGCUGAGGAAUAGAGCAUGCUGGUUCUUUUUUGUGUGUUUCUUGCCGUGCUGAGACUCUCACUGUUUGACUUCCUGUUCUAUUACUACUUUAUACUCUCUUUAAUUUCCCCUCAGACAGAUACAUCGUGUCACAUCGCACUAAGCAAUAACUGCUCACACUGCUUAAAACUACCUUCCUUUUUGUUUUGUAUGGGUACCAAUAUGGACCAUAUUUAUUGCCACAUCCAUAUUUUCUGGAGGGAGGAUUUGUCAGAUAAAGAUGUGUGUCAUUUGAGGGGUCACUGAAUACAUCACUGAAUACAUUUUAGUUGGCGUAGUCAAAAGUCUUGUUAUUACCUAAGAUAAGGCCUUCAUGAGCAUUCAGUGACGACAGUUAUAGUCUAAUUCCUAUUUAGAGUAGAAGGUAGUGUGGCAAAUCUCCAACACUGACACAAAAACCUCAUUUGUAGACAAGGCCUCAAACCAAAGUUAUACUCUCUAAACCUACGCUCUGUAAACCGUCUAGGUCCUUAUACCCAAACUUGAAACAAUAAUGACCCACUACCAGCAUGUCAACUCUGUUACAUCAUACCACCAGUGCUUCGAGUUGGACCAAAGGAGUUGCGAUAGUAUUUGUUUUUCUCUCUUUUUUAAUUUGCAUUAUUCUUAUGCAACAUUUGUGUUCAACUCUAGAGACUAGUCCUGUUUUCAAAAGAAAGGUGUCAUGGGAGGUUGGAGUUCAAGAGAAACGGAUUCCUUUUGUAAAUGUCACUGACGUGAGUCAUUCGGUGUGACAAAAUGUAAUGUCGUGCGACAAGGCGAUUAAAGCAGCAGGACAUGUCAGGACAUGUCAUGAUUUUGCAUCAGUGAGUAAGUCAAUAAGUGUAUGUGAAAGUACAGCAAAUGUACAAAUAAUCGAAUCAGUCUACUCUUCAACGGGAAACGUAACAAUUGGUUUGUGUGCCAGCGGUUCUUUUUGAAAACAGGGCCGUCCCUUUUUACCGUUCUCAUUUUGAAAACUUUUUUGUUGUUGUUGUGUCUCGUUCCUGUUUCCAUUGUAUCUUGCAUUGCCCCUAAAGAGAAACACUAUUAAAUGUAUUAUCUUUGUUUAAUUCA